AUGUCGCAAAAGCGCAAGCACGACGAUACUCCAGGCGAUGCCUCUUCCGCGUCGAAGACCUUUAAGAAACACCGCCCCUUCAAGCCUGGCCAGAACCACCAGCAGACCAAGCACCAUAGGCGGCCGAACCUCUCCCACGAUGACGAGAACGGGCGCAGCACCAAUGCGCUCAAGAGCAGGAUACGAGAUCUGAAGCGGUUUCUCACGCACAUGGACAGUGUAGAGAAACAUAAGAUGUCAGCUGGCGCAAGGCAGGAGCGAGAGCGAGAACUGGAGGCAUGCGAGCACGAGUUGGCGGAGAAGCUUAAUGCGAGUAGAGAGGCCGAGUACCGCAAGAAGAUGAUUGGAAAAUACCACCAAGUGCGAUUCUUCGAUCGACAAAAGGGCACGCGCAUUCUCAAACGACUCAAGAAGGAGCUUUCCGCACUGGAGGACGACUCGAAGAAGACGGCGCUACAGCAGCGAAUACACAACGCCGAGGUCGACGUCAACUACGCGAUAUACUACCCGCUCAUGAAGCCGUACUCGUCGCUGUAUCCCAAGUCGAAGAACAAGAAGUCGAGUGACUCGGAAGAGGCAGAGGACACGGGCGAGGACAGCAAGAACAGCGCCGAGGUCGAUGGACCCAAGGGCGACGUCAACAUGUGGAAAGCGAUAGAGGAGGCCAUGCAGGACGGCACGCUGGAGAAGCUGAGGUACAGCAAAGACGCGGUCCCAGCCGAGCCGCCGAAGAAGAGCAAGAAGCCCAAAGCCAAGGACAGCAAGAAGGAAAAGAGCGUGAGCAAGACAUCACAUGACGCUUCUGCUUCGCACAACUACGCCGUCCAAGACCAGGACGAAGACAGCGACGGAGGAUUCUUCGAGUAGAUUCUUGACGUCAUUCGAUUCAGCUAGCAAGCAGCACAUUAGAUACCCAAUCCCACACCCCAUCUUACUUCGCA